AUGUUGUCAGGAAUAAUAACCCUGUUAUCUUUCAUAGUGAUCUCAACAUUAUCUCAACAAAUCUCACAACCGGUUGAAAAUCAACAACCGAAUUUACCACCAUACUACGACGUAUCAGAAGGUAAUAAUUAUAUACUAAAUACAAUUCAAGAUGAUUAUAAAGAAAUUAAAAUUUCAAAUAUUUUAUCAAAUCCAUUAAAAUAUAAAGAUUUCCCACCAAUAAUAAGUUUACCAAAACAAAAUCAAAGAACUUUAAAACCUGGGGAAAUUCCUCAAUAUGUAAUAGAUUAUGCUCCAUUAGUUUAUUUAUAUAGUGAAGAAAGAUAUUUACCAUAUGAUAUAAAAGAAUUUGUUACAAAUUUUCAUGUAACUUUUAAAAAUGGAUCAAUUUAUCCUGGUACUGAAACUGAUAUGAACAUUGAAAAACUUGCUCAAUUAAAACAUAGUAAAAAAUUAUAUUUAACUUCAAAUACAAAUUUUGAUGAUGAUCCAGAUUGGAUCACUGGAAUAAAAAAUAAACCAAAUUUAAUAAAUGGAGAAAUUAAAAAUGCUCCUGCAACUUUAAUAGUUGUUGAUAAAGGAAAUGGAUGGGUUGAUGCUUAUUGGUUUUAUUUUUAUUCUUUUAAUUUAGGUCCAUUUGUAAUGGGUCAAGGACCAUAUGGAAAUCAUGUUGGAGAUUGGGAACAUUCAUUAGUAAGAUUUUAUAAGGGUGAACCAAUAAUUGUUUGGAUGUCAGCUCAUGGUGGAGGAGGAGCUUUUUAUUAUCAUAAUUUAGAAAAAUAUACUCUUGAUCCAAGACAUCCUAUUAUUUUUAGUGCAAGAGGUACUCAUGCAAAUUAUCCAAGUGUUGGUCAACAUCCUCAUGAUUUACCUUACGAUAUAUUAAGUGAUUUUACUGAUCGUGGUCCAUUAUGGAAUCCUUCCAAAAAUUAUUUAGGUUAUACUUAUGAUGGUAAAUAUGUUUUUCCAGCUUUAAAUAAUUCAAAUCCAAAAUAUAUAGGAAGAGAAUGGUCAUAUGAUAAUUGGUUAAAUUAUAAAGGUCAUUGGGGUGAUAAACAAUUACCAAAUGCUGAUAAAAGACAAACUUAUUCAUUUAUUGGUGGUUAUAAAUAUAUUGAUGGUCCAACAGGUCCAUUAAGAAAAAAUGUUUUAAGAAUUGUACCAUGUGAAAGAUCAAAAUGGUGGAAUUUUUGGAGAGGUUGUAAUGUUAGACAAAAUAUAAAAUGGGGAGUUGGAGUAGAAAGUGAAGGAUAUAAUUGUGGUAAUAUAUUUGUUAAAUUAAAACCAAGAUGGUUAAAAGUUUUAUUACAAAAAAUGACAUGGGGUGGUGGAAUUUGUUAUAUUGUUGAUUUAAUAUAUGGAUAA